AGCUGCAGAUGUGAGUCUGACUCCCCGGUCCUCCGCUAACCGCUACAAACCGCAUCGACAGGACUCAUCUUCUCGUCACUUAUGUUGGACUCGACCCGCGGAUCCAGCUGCUGCCGGGACGAGGACAAAGGCUGAAAACAUGGAGGCAGACAGUGUGAGCAUAUGGCCACGCAUGGAGCCCUUCUUACUGGGCGCCCUGCAGGUGGCCCCCUCCUCCAAACUCAGCUUGCACUAUCUUCGCAAGAUGGCGACUUAUGUGCGAACGCGGGACGGCUGCUUCCCCAUUCUGGGCUGGCCCAUGUGGAGGCAUAUUGCCUGUGGAAAGCUACAGCUCCCAGAAGACCUUGCAUGGCUCUACUUUGAGACCUUUGACAUCCUCGUAGGUCACACCCCAGAGGAGAGGCUGGAGUGGGCAGAGUUUCUUUCCCAGUGCUCGUCCAAAAGCGAGCUGGACCAACAAAGGAACAAGUUGUCUGUGGACACACUGCAGUUCCUCCUCUUCCUCUACAUCCAGCAGCUGAACCGUGUGUCUCUGCGCACCUCCCUGAUCGGUGAAGAGUGGCCCAGUCAUCAUCGUACCCGCUCCCCCUCUCCAUCAGACCGAGAGGCCAAGACCAGCUCUCAGAACAAGAACUGGGACGAUCAGGCCCACCUGUCAUUUGUCCAAAGCCAUCUAGCUGAGAUUCUGGAGCUGCUGGUGGAGCCAGGACAGCUGUCACAGUCUGGACAGGCCCUGAGAGACUGCCAGAUAUCGCUGGAUGCUGUGCGGAGCCUGGGUCUGCUCCUGGAGGGCUCGGUUUGUCGUGGCAAAGCCGUUCAGCCCGUCCACAGACUGCUGACCAAAGGUCCGCUCCAGACACAAGCUGGCUACUCCACACUCAGCUGCUCAUUCCCCCUGCACAAGCUUCUCUUGUGUCUCCAGCACAGCCUCACACUCAACCCCUUCGGGAUAACCGCCUGCCUGCACUCAGGCAAGAAGCUAGCCUGGGCUCAACAAGUGGAGGGGGCCAUGAAGAGAGCCAAAAUAGCAAGGAACACCCACAUGGCUCCACCUGGCAGUAAGAUGGUGCUAAUGUCCCAAGUCUUCAAACAGACUCUGGCUAAAACCUCGGACAGGCUGACCGGGGCCAACAUCAAGAUCCACAGAUGCUCAGAUGCAUUCAUAUACCUCCUCUCACCUCUCAGAUCCGUCAGCCUGGACAAAUGCCGUGACAGCACCGUGGUUCUGGGUCCCGUCGAGACCAGCGUCCACAUCCACGGCUGCCAGAAUGUGCGGGUGGUGUGCGUAGCCGGCAGGAUCGCUGUCGGAGCCUCCUCGCGUUGCACCCUCCACGCCUUGACACCCACCCGCCCCUUGCUCCUACCUGGAAACACAGACAUUACACUGGGACCCUUCCACACUUUCUACCCCUCCCUGGAGGAUCACAUGGCCAGCGUGGGGCUGGCUGUGGUCCCCAAUGCCUGGGAUCGACCCCUGCUCCUGGGGACCGAGGGCAUCGUCAACCCCUCACUCAACGCGUCGUCCAACCCGGACCCCGCCUGCUACCGCCUGCUGCCCCCGGCUGAGUUCCACACGCUGGUUGUGCCUUUCCAGAUGGAGGGCGACACGUGUGAAGUGCCCGGCGGUCUGCCUCCUCCGUACCAGGCAGCGCUCGAUGAAAAGCAGAAGAGAAUCCAGAACUGGCAGAAGACUGUGACGGAGGCUCGGCUGAACAAGGAGCAGAAGCGUCAGUUCCAGGAGUUGGUGGAAGCCAAGUUCCACGAGUGGCUUCUGGAAACGGGGAACAGGCAGGAACUGGACAGCCUCAUCCCAACCACGAUAGCCUCUUUAAAGGACUCCAACGGGCCUGCGACGGACACGCCCCGGGUUAACGACACCAAACACAUGAGGAACGGACGGCCAGUGAGACAGUCACCCAUGGCUUGUUGAAUUGUUGGGUCUCAUAAAUUAGUGCAGCACGACGGUACGAACACACAGUCUGAAUAUAGUAUUACUGACAUUUACUGACAUUACUGCAAGUAUUACUGUACAGUUCGUUUGUGGGUUGAUUACGACUCACUCUGACAAGUCUGGAGCUGUUGAUCCAGACUUGCACAGCAACUUAUGUCCCACUCAUUCUGGAGUGUGGCGCUGGCAUCGGCUGCUUGACUGUUCCUGCUUAAGAAAAGGCAGCUAUUGUUAUUCUUACUGUGUCGAAGGCGAGUGGGGAGUGGAUUGGCAUGUUGUAAAACCACAUCUUUAAUGGGAGGUGUAGACUUAUAGAAACACACAGGUCUGUGAAGUCACCACCAACUUUUAAAGGGACACAUUUUUGAAAAAGCUUGGAUUUGGGUUUUACUGCUUAAUGAAAUGUUUUGGACACAGACAAUUUAGAAGGUUGGAGAGUCUGAGGAGUGACGAGGCUGAGAGAUCUGUCAGACAGGCCCUAAGAUAUUUUCUCUCAAUGUAAUAAUAAUUCUCCAAACCUGCAUUAAGGUACAUAAAGAAAAUCCUGUGUAAACUCUAAUGUUUCUACAGGAAUUACAGGAACAUUAACUUGCAGCACUUGUGACCAUGGGGGUUUCAGCUUUAGAGGAAGCUGUGGCUCAUUGUUGUGAGUGCUGUCUGAAGCGUCACCAUUUUCUCUCAAACUCUGCCCACAUGUAAAAACUACCUGCUAAUUACAGUAAAAAAUAAAUUAAAAAAUCAUUUAGGGAAGUGAACAUACGUGCAUUUAAAGAUGGAGAAUGUAGAUGUUUAAUAAAUGCAGCACUUUGGGUAUUAAGGUCACAGUUACUGGCUCAGGACGUAGUAUUUUUCUGUGUUAUUACAAUAUGAAAAAUUAGCAAAGAAGCAUUUUUCCAUUACGGAGGAAACGAAGGAAUAUUAACAUUAUUUUUUUUGGGACUAACUGCAACGUCCAAACGUAGACGGGAAGUCAAAUUCAGCACUUUGGGUGUGAAGGUCGUGUUAGUGCACCUAGGGUUACUGGUUCAGGACGUAGUCGAGGGGAAGUCAACAACAGUGUAGCUCCAACAACCUGUAGCUACAACAACCUGUUCUCCACGCUCUGAAUCUCUCAAGCAUGUUGUGUGUUUUGGCCACACCUCGGGUGUAGGUAUCACUGUCUGUGUUUCCAUCUGUCCAAAGGAAAUAUUUGCUCUGGCAUCACUGACUCUGAUGUGGCCACAGGUACAACAUGAAAGCACAGCAGCAGAUUUUCCUGCUCUGUGAUUUAUUGCAGACUUUUCCUUUAAUUUAACAAACUUCGGUCAGUUUGCAGAACAGUCGCUAAAUAUGUUUAUUUUUGUAUGAAUUCACCUGUAUAAAUAUGUAUAUUUGAGCUUUUUAGUGAGAAUAUUUUUCAUAAAUCGACAUUUCCUCCAGGGCCAUUUUUAACCUUUAACACCUCCCUCCCUUCUACUAAUUACAGCACGCAUCAACAGAGCUGCUGCAUGUGUCGUCAAGGCAGCGUUUUAUAAUUAGCUACAGGAAGAUGAGUGAAGUUGCACUUAAUAAAAACGUGUCGUUAAAAUAUUAUUUCACAUUAAAAAAUCUAAAUGCUGGAAUGUGUUUCUUCACUUUCAUGAUGAAAAGUGGUUACACUUUAAAACGCCUUACUGCUGUCCCUUACUUUGAAAACUUACCCUUAGAUUUAAACACACACACACACACACACACACACACACACACACACACACACAC